GGAAAAUAAUAAAACUAAGACAGAGAGAGGAGAUUCAUUUACACAGCUUGAGAAAUCAAUCUGCAUCGGCAUCCAAAAAUGGCAACAGCUGUCGUCACUUCUCUCCCACAGUAUAAUGGGCUCAAACCCAAUGUUUCAGCAGCAGCUCCUGUUCGAAGUCUGGCAGCAGUUCAACCAAUGAGGCGUAAGGGAAAGGGAGCCUUGGGUGCUCGCUGCGACUUCAUUGGUUCACCCACAAAUUUGAUAAUUGUGACUUCUACAAGCCUGAUGCUGUUUGCCGGAAGGUUCGGGUUGGCGCCGUCCGCGAACAGGAAAUCGACAGCCGGGCUAAAGCUUGAAGCAAGGGACUCAGGGCUGCAGACUGGUGACCCAGCUGGUUUCACUCUUGCAGAUACCUUGGCAUGUGGGUCUGUGGGUCACAUUAUUGGGGUUGGGGUUGUUCUUGGCCUUAAGAACAUUGGUGCACUGUAAAUUUUCUUAUUUUAAUUCUCUUAUGUUAUUCUUGUUUAAAACAUGUACGUACUUGGUUUAAGAAUUCCAGAAAAACGUGUUUGCA